UUAACACUCUCGUCUUCUUCUCUAUCUAGAUCAACCAUGGGUCCAUCUCUCUACAACAACUACUUCAACGGACCAACCGUCGCCUUACCUCCGCCAUCUCAGCUUCACCAGGCUAACCAGCUUACCCUUACCGACUCGAUGAACCAUUCGUUUGCCCAUUCCGGCGGUUCUCGCUUUUCCCAUCACGCUUCUGCUCGUGCAGACGGCAUCCCAUCAGACCAUACCAAGUCCUUCACCGGCCGCCAGGCAUCUUGGCUGACGCCCUCCUCUUCCAACCAAAGUUCCAAUGCUGCAGCACCGUCACGUAACGACAGCUACGGUAGCUUUUCUGCCGUCCAAAAGGCUCCAACUCCACCCGCUGUGCCUGAAGAAGAACCCAUCUACGGCGAAGGCAUGGUCCUAAUCAACCCCAAAACAGGCCUUGCGGUCUCAGCAUCCAGCCAGACAGGAACCUGGUACGAAGAGAAGGCAGAGGAGAGAGCCACAAGCAACCGAAUCUCUGCCCCUGUCACCUCGAACAUCAGUUCAGAACACGCCAAAGCACUACCUAGUAGAAAGACCCAACGACUCGACGCUACCGCUUCCGGAUACGACGACAUAACCGCCUUGUCAAUCGCCCAUAAACUCCAAUCAAGUGCCAACGACGUCUGUGGCUCUUCAUCCUCCAAGGGCCUCGAAAUGCCACAUGUUGACGACGCAACUCGCCUAUUAGGGAUCAGCUGGCAACGCAUGGCCAAUGAUGAUAAGGACAUGGUUGCUGCCAUUCGUGGAUGGGAGAAGUACAUCAACAACCACUUCGCUGCAUACCUACGCGAUGCCCAAAUCAUGCUCAAACACCGUGGCCUAAACGUCUAUCUUGUUUCGGCCCUUCCCACUGGUCAACAUGACAAGGCAACACAACGACAUUUCUACCUCUUUGACGACAACCUCACUGAAGGCCAGCUGAUUGGCAGAGACUGGCAAUCUUCUAUUCGAAACCUACAAUCUUCACCCAUCAUCUUUGAAGCUGGCUCAGAGGUGCUAAAGGCAGCAGAAAAGACGCCAGAGCGCCAAGUGGAAGAUAAGGGAGUUCUGAUUGGUGCCGAAGGCAUGAACGGAUGUGCGAUGGGAAUGGUAGGAACCACAACCGGGACGGACAUUCAGAUGGAAAUCGACUAG